AUGAACCUGCUGCGGCAACGGCGGGACGAGGUGCGACAGCCCCCGAACCCCAUCAUCAACAAGGUCUCGAGCUCCAAGUCCGAUCUGAGGAACACCGCGGUUGAUAUCCCGUGCUGUUUGGAGCUGUACAAUGGCCUCGACUACGAUCCAUCAACCAAACUGAACCACCCGACGUCUUGCAUGCAUAGUGAAGAGUAUGAUUUGGCGGGGACGGGGCUGCAGGAUAGGAUUAGUACUUAUCGGCGACUUGCUACCGGCUCUGAUUAUGGGCACUGGGAAAGGUCUGUCACCCCUAGCGGGUGA